UGCUCAGGUUCAACACUAAAGAUGGACUUGGCAAAUUCUUCCCUUGAUGACCAAUAUAUCGGCUGCGAAGCACAGAUGCUAGAAAAGGUCAAGGAAGAAAAUUACUUGUCAACAGAAAUUCAGAAAAGCCCAACAUUUGCUUAUGCCUGGUCUGUAGCACUCGGUAAAAUAAGUGCGCUUACAAACUUUAUUGGACUGAGUACUGAAGAAGCUACAGCCCUCUACACGUACACCAUGCCAGAUUUUCACUGUGAAUUCAAUGCGGCGGUUAGAAUUGGAGGCGGAGUGAAUUACAACGCCUUUCCCUUCAAAGCUCUGCAUUUUUAUAUGACCACAGCCUCCAAGAAACUGAAAGCACAAAGCCCCAGCUGUGUUGACGUUGUUAGGGGCAGUAGAGAACCCAUAAAGGAAAGUGUUGGGAGUACGGUCCGUUUUGGCACAUUUACAUCAAGUUCUCUUGGUAGGCAAGUGGCAGAAAGUUUUGGAAAAGAAACGGUGUUUCACAUCAGGACCUGCCAAGGUGUUUACAUUAAAGAUUAUUCGUUUGCACCACAUGAGGAAGAGGUUCUCAUACCGCCCUACGAAAAGUUUAAAGUGGCCAGUGUUAACGGGAAUGAAAUCACCCUGAUAUCUGUUGAAGGUGACACAAACAGUGUGAACAACUGUUUAGCAGUGCCUCAAGAUUCUUCUAAAAAGCCUGCUGGAGGAAACAAAGUUGGAACAUUUUUUAAGAAACUGGCCUGUUGCUAAAAUAUUCAGUGUAUUAAUGAUGAGUGCUUUUGCAUAUGCAGCAUGUACCAUUUUAAAAAGAAGCAGAAACCUGCCA